UGCGCGGGGGGUGGGGGGCAGUGGGGCUUGGCGGCGGCGGCGGCGGGGUUGCUAUGGCAACGCGGCCGCGGCCUCUCGCAAGAUGGCGGGCAGGGCGGCUCGCAGUUCCCGCGCGCUGGAUAGGUGGGCCCGGCUGGUCGGCUCCCUGUCGCAGGGCGAUGACGCAGGCCGAGCGAGCGGCGCCUUCCCUCCGCCUCAGCAACCGCCGCCUCAGCCUCAGCCUCCUGAGGCGCGGGGCGCGGGGCUCUUGGCGGUGACCCGCGUGAAGAUGGCGGGCGUGGCGGAGGCCGCGGGCGGCGGGGACGGCGGGCGGCGGGGAGGGGCUCCGGCGGAACCGGCGCUCCUGCAGCCCGACGGCGCGCAGCGGCGGGGCAGCUCCGCGGGCGGCGGCGAGGCGCGGGCCCGGCAGCCCUCGCCCGCGCGCCCGCCCGCCUCGCCCUCGCCCUCGCCCGCCCCCAGCGCGCCCCCCUCGCCCGGCCUUGGCCCCUGCCCCGGCCAGCCCCACCGGACCGAGACGCUGGGCUUCUACGAGAGCGACCGACUCCGGCAGCGGCAGCAGCAGCAGCAGCAGCAGCAGCAGCACAAGCGCAGCGGGGCCGCCGCAGAUCUCUCGCUAUUCAGGUUCAUCAACGCAGAGCUAACCAGGGGUUACUUCCUUGAACAUAAUGAAGCAAAGUACACAGAACGAAGAGAGAGGGUAUACACGUGCUUGCGAAUACCUAGAGAACUGGAAAAGUUGAUGAUUUUUGGAAUCUUCUUGUGUCUGGAUGCUUUCCUCUAUGUGUUCACACUCCUACCAUUAAGAGUCUUUCUGGCAAUGUUCCGGUUCAUCACGUUGCCUUGCUGUGGCUUACGCUCUCAGCAAGGCCUAAGAAUGAGUGACCGGCGUUUGCUACAGCCUGCUCAGGUGUGUGAUAUUUUCAAAGGCAUCAUAUUGGUGAUCUGCUACUUCAUGCUGCACUAUGUUGACUAUUCCAUGAUGUACCACCUGAUAAGGGGCCAGUCUGUCAUCAAACUCUACAUCAUUUAUAAUAUGCUUGAGGUAGCCGAUCGUCUUUUUUCAUCUUUUGGGCAAGAUAUCUUGGAUGCUCUUUAUUGGACAGCUACAGAACCAAAGGAGAGGAAAAGAGCACACAUAGGGGUGAUCCCCCACUUUUUCAUGGCUGUGCUGUAUGUCUUCUUGCAUGCUAUUCUUAUAAUGGUCCAAGCAACUACACUCAAUGUUGCUUUCAACUCCCACAAUAAGUCACUUCUUACCAUCAUGAUGUCGAACAAUUUUGUUGAAAUAAAAGGAAGUGUUUUCAAGAAAUUUGAGAAGAACAAUUUGUUUCAGAUGUCAAACAGCGAUAUCAAGGAGCGAUUCACAAACUAUGUGCUGUUACUGAUCGUUUGUCUAAGAAACAUGGAGCAGUUUUCAUGGAAUCCAGACCAUCUUUGGGUAUUAUUUCCAGAUGUUUGUAUGGUGAUUGCAUCAGAAAUUGCAGUGGACAUUGUGAAACAUGCCUUUAUAACAAAAUUCAAUGACAUUACAGCUGAUGUCUACAGUGAAUACAGAGCUAGCCUUGCAUUUGACCUCGUUAGCAGUCGACAGAAAAAUGCAUACACAGACUACAGUGAUUCGGUUUCCAGGAGAAUGGGCUUUAUUCCUCUCCCUUUGGCUGUUUUACUCAUGCGGGUGGUUACCAGUUCAGUCAAAGUGCAAGGUGUCUUGGCUUGUGCCUGUGUUGUCCUCUUUUACUGUGGGUUAAUUUCGCUCAAAGUCCUUAACAGCAUUGUGCUGUUGGGAAAGUCAUGCCAGUACGUCAAAGAAGCCAACAUGGAGGAGAAGUUGUUCAACCCCCCUCCGGCCAGCACCCCCGGCAAACCCAGUCUGGGCAAACAGCAAAGCAAGUACAAGUCGACUCAAGAGGAGAACUUGUCAGUGUCAGUGACCAGCCAGCCCGUUCACCAAAAGGAAAACGCUGCCCCCCAGCUGGUGACGAGCAACUCCGAUCAGUUCCUGACGACUCCUGACGGAGAUGAGAAAGACGUUUCCCUGGACAAUUCAGAGCUAAAACACAGAUCUGCAAAGAAAGAUUUGUUGGAGAUCGACCGGUUCACAAUUUGUGGCAACAGAAUUGACUGAACUUUUGUAAAUAGAUGUGCUGAGGAUACUGAGCUGUUUGGGACAGCAGAUGCUACCGGGAUGGAGGGACACCUGCCAAACAGGCACUUAAAAUAUUUAUUUAAAAAAUUAAAUUAUUAAUGGCAACCCUAUUAUGAUGAAUAACGUGGUUUGAAUACUGGUCAGGUUUCAGCUUUUUAGCUUGGAUUUUUGGGGAAAUGCGAUGAGUGUGGAGAGCUCUUCGGCUUGGCAGAGCUGCAGCCUAGCUGUCUUGGAAAUAACGUGUGGAAAAAAAAUCUAAAUUCAUUUAUGCUCUUUGAACUGUGCUUCCAGAAUGUAUCACUUUUUGCCAAGAUCCCUUCAUCAGAAGGUCAUCUUUGGAAAUGCACCUGCAUCUUUACCGAGAAGCACUUCUUUCUACUGGCUUUCAUAAGCAGCUCCAAUAUCUUCACCUGCCAUAAACCUUUUUUCAGACUUUCCUUAGAAUAUACAAUCAAGAUAUUGCCACCAGAAGAUGGUUCAAGGUGCAAUUCAAAUAAUCCAAAUAAAUGAUCCUUAAAUGAAAGGUUUAAUGAAUUUGAUCUGAAAAAUUGAGUAAUAUGCCCAUUAACUGGGCAAAUGGAGCUUUUCCCCCCCUUUCUCUGCAAUUUGCAUUGUAUUUUAAAAGUGAAAAAAUUAAAUGGCUUUAUAAAAUGUGAACACAUCCAUACUUGAGGGUGGAAGAAUCAAGAUGCAGGAUUCCAGUUGGCACAUAAACGUUUUACUUGCCGCUGUGAACCAUUGUAUCAAAGAAACACUGUGUGUAUUUUGUGUAUCAAGAAUCAGCUUAAAAUGAACAUUUUUGUUCUGUCUUGGCCUGGACAAUUGCACAUGGCUAAAAACAGGAAGCCUGAAGUGAAGGUGAGGGGAAUAGAAUGGGUUUUAAAGAAACUUUUAAGUAGAAUGAAUGUAGCUGUAUUAUGAAGUGUUUGGGUUUUGAAGUACGCAGCAGUUUUUAUUUGGGGAUAUAUUUGGAAGAAUGGGAGAGAGGUGCUCUAAAAGAGCCGAAAAUAAAUAUUUGACAUUUUAGCGGAGUGCGAGACAGGGUGCCAUAGUCUCAGGCACUUUGACAUUUGUGUAACCAUGACUUUUAAAAUGCUGAAUGAUUUCCAGACCUUUGUCAGUUCAGUAGCAAUCUCAGAGUGGCCAAGCGAAAAGAGGAAAAAUAUUAAAGUUUAUAAUUCUGAGUCCAUGUUUAUUUUUCAGAAGUCACCCAUUACCGUUACUGAGCCGAGUGUACAGAAAUGACAUCUUGAUCAGGCAGUCUUUGAAAAUGAAAGUUAGGGGGGGUGGUCUCCAGUCUGAGAAGCGUGCUUCGUCCCUUUUCUCUGCAUCUUUCUCCCUUCAGUUGGAGAAAUGGCCAAAGUCAGAAACAUUAAGGGAAUAGGAGCUUCAAAUGCCGGCAGGGAGACUCUUAAACUGGAUGUGUUUUAUUUUGAUGAAUUUGGCUCAUUGAAAUUGAAUUCAAAAUAUUUGUGAAUAUUUUUUUGUUUAACUGUUACUCAAAGGAAAUUUGGAAUGAUUUUUUCCCUGUUAAACGAUAAUUCUGUACCAAUUUUAUAAGUGCAUCUUGUGUGACACAAUAAAAAUUCAAUUUUGUAACCUUUGUUUAAAAAACAAAAA